AUGGCUGAAGUCCAGGUGGAUGGAAAGGAAAUUUUUUCUUAUGAUUGUGGCAGUGAUGAGGUCAUAUCUAUGAAUCUCCUGAGAGAGGAGGUAGUGACCACAGAAACCUGGAAAGAACAGACUGAUAUGCUGAGGGACGUGGGGAACUUGAUCAAACAGCACCUGCCUGACAUUAGAGCAGAGAAACACGCAGACAGAGGUCCAUUCACCCUGCAGGUCAGGAUGAUGUGUCAGUGCAACGCCAGGGGAAGCAGCAGUGGAUCCUGGGAGUUUGGAUGGAACGGACAGAGGUUCCUUCUCUUUGACUCGGAAAGUGGAAAGUAUACUGUGGUUCAUUCCGGAGGCGAACAUCUGAAAGAGAAGUGGGAGAAAGACAAGGACUUGACCAAGUACCUCACAGUUACCUCAAAGGGAGACUGCAGGAAAGGGCUUCAACACUUUGUGCCAUGGAAGGAAGAGCUGGGGACAGCAGGGGCACCAAUCACAGCCCCAGCCGCAGCCACACCAAGCACAGUCACACCUGAACUAUCUGUGAUUAAAGUGACAAUAAUAACUAUCAGCGUCAUCUUUGCCGUUGUGGUUUUCUUGGUUUUAAUUUUCUUCUUACGCCGGUUCCUUCGCAGUAACAGGUGUUCACCUGCUGAGCUCCAGGAGCUGAAGACCUUACAGCAAAUGCAGAGACCUCUGGAAGAUCCUGAGGACACGGCAGAUGCAAUACCCAUGUCCUUUAUUGCUUGA